AUGGGGCUGUCCGUCAUUCAAGAGCAGCAUGAUGCCAUCCUGGGGCAGAUCAAGAAGAUCACUCAAGGCGAUUGGAAAUGCCUGAUUGUCGACGAAAACUCCAAGAAGAUCAUCGACAAUGUCGUCAAGGAAGAUGACAUCCUCAACAACAAUAUCGCCACCAUCGAGCGAAUCGAGAACCGUCGCGAGCCGAACCCUGAGAUGGACGCAAUCUACAUUCUCUCCCCCGAAUCUUUUGCUGUCGAAUGUCUUCUUGCCGAUUUUGAGAUGCGACGCUACCGUAGCUUUUACCUCGUCUGGACUGGCCUUCUCGACCCCUCAUUGCGACGCAAGAUUGACGAUUUCCCUGGAGCUCGUCAGCUCCGUGCCGGCUUCCAGACUAUGUUCGUCGAUUUCCUGCCUCGAGAGUCGCAUCUUGUGACCCUCCGCGAUCCCUGGAGCUUUCCAAUGCUCUAUCACCCGGCAUGUAACGCUAUCGUUCCCACCCAUAUGAAGGGUCUGGCGCAAAAGAUUUCCGGUCUCUGUAUUACACUCGGAGAGUAUCCUAAAGUCCGAUACUACAAGCCACAAGGCGCAAGUCAUGACGCAGCCGUCCUAUGCUCGCAUCUGGCUCGCUUUGUUCAAGAAGAGCUUGAUGCGUAUGCGCAAUGGGACACCAACUUCCCACCACCCUCGCAACGACCGCAGGCUACACUCGUAAUUACGGAUCGAUCCAUGGAUUUAAUGGCACCUCUCGUGCACGAGUUUUCUUACCAGGCGAUGGCGCACGAUCUUCUUCCGAUCAAAGACGGCGACAAAGUCACAUACCGUACAGUUGUCAACGAAGGAACCCCGGAGGCAGAAGAGAAGGACAUGGAACUUACAGACAAGGACAAAAUCUGGGUGGACAAUCGACACCGGCACAUGAAGGAUACGAUUGACAAACUUAUGGGCGAUUUCCAAAAGUUCCUCCAACAAAACCCACACUUCACCAACGAGAACGCCGAUACAACCAAUCUGAACACAAUUAGAGACAUGUUGGCUGGCCUGCCGCAGUUCCAGGAGAUGAAGGAGGCCUAUUCGCUGCAUCUAACCAUGGCGCAAGAAUGCAUGAACAUUUUCCAGAAGCACAAGCUGAUGGAUAUAUCCUCCAUUGAGCAAACUCUGGCGUCUGGACUUGACGAGGACUUUAAGAGACCGAAGAACAUACUUGAAAUGAUUGUGCCCCUGUUGGACGACGAGGCUGUAUCACUUCCCGAUCGAUUGCGACUUAUUGUUCUGUUUAUACUCUACCGAGACGGAGUUAUCCCUGAAGAUAUCAAAAGAUUGCUCGCCCAUGCUGGCCUUCCUCAAUCGGAUGCUGAGGUCGUGCAGAACUUCGAACAGCUUGGCGGACGCAUGACACACAACCUCAAGGACGUGCGCCAACUUCCCGCGCCUCUGUUCCCAAUUGACCCAAAAACCACACAAUUGAACGAGGAAUACGGAUUAGCACGUUUUGAGCCGGCUUUGAAACACAUGGUGGACCACCUGGCAAGGGGCCUCCUCGACCAAGUUCACUUCCCCUAUGUAAAGCCGCCGCUGGAUCCCAAUGAGGAGCUUAAUAUAGCACAGAGCGCUUCUCUUCGUGCCGGCCGACCCAACUGGGCGUCUUCGGGUCGUCGCCCGCCAGAGAACCGACAGCGAUUGAUCGUGUUCAUGGCUGGAGGCGCUACCUACAGUGAGAGUCGGGCAUGCUACGAAGUCGGCGAGGCUCGUAGUCGAGAUAUUGUCCUGGUGACUUCCCAUAUGCUGACCCCUCAACUUUUUGUUCGACAAGUGGGUGAUCUCAGUCGCGAUAAGCGCCAGCUUGACUUGCCCUUGGAGCGCCCCAAGCGACACGCACCCCGUCAUCUCCUAGAACGCCCGCCUCCCCCUCGUCCAGCGCCAUCUCAGCAGCCAUCCCAGCAGCAGCAGAUGCACCCUGGACCUAUGAAUCGACCAGGCGGUCUACCUCAGAGACCUUCUCCUGGCAUGGCACCUCCAACGGCUGCCAUGUCUAACAUGUCGAUCAACAACCAUGGCAGCGCGCCGCCUCGACCGAACCCGCAUCAAAGCGUUCCAUCUAACCAAUCGAACCACGAGGAGCCUGGCAAGCUUCACAAGGAGAAGAAGAAGAGAAACCUUUUCGGUAUGAAGAAGUAG